GCGGUGGCCCCGCCCCCGCGGGGACGCGCGGGCGGAGCGGAGCUGCGGCCGGAGCCGCCGGAGCGGGGGCGGCCUGAGGGCGGGGGACGCCGCGGCCGCCGCCGCCAUGGAGGCGAAACCGGCGGACCCGCUGCUCUGCGACAGCCUCAUCCUCUGGCUGCAGACAUUCAAUACAGCUGCACCCUGCAGGGAUGUCCAGGACUUGACUAACGGGGUUGCCAUGGCUCAGGUGCUUCACCAAAUAGACGUUGCCUGGUUUGAUGCAUCCUGGCUCAAUCGCAUCAAAGAAGAUGUUGGUGACAACUGGAGAAUAAAGUCCAGUAAUUUGAAGAAGAUACUGCAAGGAAUUAUGGACUACUAUCAUGAGUUCCUGGGUCAGCAGAUUGCAGAAGAGCUUAUUCCAGACUUGACCCGGAUAUCUGAGAACUCGGAUCCCACUGAACUGGGCAGGCUCCUGCAGCUUAUUUUGGGUUGUGCAGUCAACUGUGAGAGGAAACAAGAACACAUACAGAACAUCAUGACCCUUGAAGAGUCUGUUCAGCAUGUUGUCAUGACAGCCAUUCAAGAGCUCAUGAGCAAGGAAAUAACAAGUGCUUCCCCAUGUGAUGCAUCAAGUGAAGUGGAACAGCAGCUUAAAAAAGCCUUGGAAGACCUUCAGGAAGCACGAGCAGAAAAAGAGGAGUUGGCACAAAGAUGUCAAGAGCUGGAUUUGCAGGUGGCUGCCCUCCAGGAAGAGAAAAACAGCUUGAUGUCAGAAAAUGAGAUUAUGAAUGACAGACUAGAGCAAUUAGAUGACUCUCUUGAUGAUCCAAAUACCAUGGUUGCAAAAAAGUAUUUUAGUGCACAGUUGCAGCUGGAACAAUUGCAAGAAGAAAACUUCAGGCUUGAAACUGCAAAAGAUGAAUAUCGUGUCCAUUGUGAAGAUCUAGAAAAGCAAUUGAUUGAGCUGCAGCAUAGAAACAAUGAACUGACCUCUCUGGCAGAAGAAUCAAGAGCCUUGAAAGAUGAAAAUGACAUUCUUAGGGCUACUGCAGACAAGGCAAGCAAGCUGGAGUCAACAGUGGAAGUGUAUCGGAAGAAGCUGCAGGACCUGAAUGAUUUCCGCAGGCAGGUCAAGUUCCUGCAGGAGACCAACAUGAUGUACAUGCACAACACUGUCAGCCUGGAGGAUGAGCUCAGGAAAGCCAACGCAGCACGAGCCCAGCUGGAAACCUACAAGAGACAGGUCCAGGAGCUUCAUAACAAACUGUCUGAAGAAUCCAAAAGAGCUGAUAAGCUGGCAUUUGAAAUGAAGCGUCUCGAAGAAAAAUAUGAAGCUUUAAUGAAGGAAAAAGAGAGACUGAUAGUGCAGUGUGAUGCAUUAAGAGAGACAAACGAGGAGCUCCGGUGUGCACAGAUGCAGCAGGAUCACCUGAGUCAAACAGGUGAAAAGAGCCAUGAGAAUCUUGCUGCUGAAAUUCUGCCAGUGGAAUAUAGGGAAAUGUUUAUUCGGCUGCAGCAUGAAAAUAAGAUGCUCCUGCUGAAACAGGAGGGAUCAGAAAAUGAACGGAUUGCAGAGCUGCAGGAAGAGCUGGAGCAGAAGCACCGGACAGUGAACGAGCUGGAAACUGAGAAAAGGCUCAAUGAAGAGCGUAUUGGAGGAUUACAGCAGCAGAUUGAAGAUCUGCAAAAGACUUUACAGGAGCAGGGAUCCAAGACUGAAGGAUCCAGCAACCUGAAGCAGAAAUUGGCAGCACACAUGGAAAAGUUGAAUGAGGUUCAUGAUGAGUUACAGAAGAAAGAGGCUGAUCUUGCAGAGCUCCAGCCUGAUGACAGUCAGAACCGUGAGUUGUUUUCCCAGAAGAUUGGAGAGCUGGAAGCAGCUUUACGAAAAAAAGAUGAGGAUAUGAAAGCAAUGGAAGAAAGAUAUAAAAUGUACCUUGAAAAAGCAAGAAAUGUGAUAAAAACCUUAGACCCCAAGCUAAAUCCAGCAUCAGCAGAAAUUAUGUUGCUCAGAAAACAGAUAUUGGAAAAAGACAGAAGAAUUGAAGCACUAGAGAAUGAAUACAAAAUAGCCAAGCUACGUGACUAUGAGGAAAAGCUGAUUGUAACUGCAUGGUACAACAAGAGCCUGAGCCUGCAGAAGCUGGGCAUGGAGGCCAGGCUGGUGGGCAGCAGCGGCGGCUGCGGGGCCGGGCCCGGCCGCUCCUUCCUGGCGCAGCAGCGUCACGUCACCAACACCAGGAGGAACCUCACUGUUAAAGUACCAGGGGCAACAUCUGAUUAAACACGAGGACAUGGAGAAGACUCACAUGCUAAAGUGUCCUUACAUGUUUUAUACCUUUCCACUUUACCUGCUUGAUGAGAGAGGAGGUUAGAAUGCUGGGCAGCUGCAAAUGACAACAUCAGAACCUGUCAAGAAGAGAUUAAGGUGAUCAGCCAGAAGGUGGCAUGCAGUUUUCCAAGUAGAUUUAAUAAAUGCAGCAUGUACAAGCACAACUGAAAAGAUUUCUAUUUGCCUUUAGAUUAUAUUGUAAAUAUGAAAUUUGGCACUAUAUAUUUAAAACUUUAUUUAAGUGGGUUUGGGCUAGAAGGUUGACUUUUAUAAUGGGAAGAUGUUAUGCAAAGGUGUACUUCAGGAAACUGGCAAUAUUGGGCAUUUUUGCUGGGCUCUUUCUGGGAACAGAUCUAAAAGAUUGGUAGCAUCUUUUAAAAAAUGCUUUUUUAGAAUAGAAAGUACAAUUUUAAAAGCAAGAAAGUACUUGUAUUUAGAGAAGAAGAAAAUUAAGGUGUGGUACCAGUUAUUAUGUAAUAGAAGACAGGAUUUGUUUUAUGAGAAGCAGAAUUUCUUAAAGUUUAUUAAAGAAAAAAAAAAAAGCUAAGCUUAAGUUGGUGCAUAUAUGCACUGAGGAAAACCUGUCUUUAAGAUGUUGAAUUCACUUAAGCCAAAAAAGCUUGUCUUUUCCUGGGUAAGAAAAAAGCUAUUAUACUAACUCAAAAGUCUGGGCUAUAUUUUAAAACUCUGGUAUACUGCAUUUAUCUGCAGAAAGGGGGAUUAGGUGGGAAGGACCCCAUUUAUUUCAACCUAUUUAUACAAGCCUGUGCAUGGCAAUUGCAUUUCCUCUUUUUUAAAUGUAGUUUCACUCAGCUCUUCUGAACUAACUGUGCUAGGCAGAGGAGUGAGAGAUGGCUUUGGCAGUUACUGGCAGCAGAGCUUGUUUGUUGGCAGGGAGCAAAGUGCAUAAACUGUAAUAGUUUGAUUGAAAAUGAAAUGAGGGUUGUUACCUGACAUCUGUGUGCAGGAAGUUGCUGUCUUUCACAAAACUUGUGACUUUAUUUCCCAAAAGUCUAACUCUUGUUUUGAAUUGUAAUUUUAGGAAAGGUGCUAAUGUCUGUUCUUUACAAAUGGUCUAGAAAAUGUUUAUUAUACCCACAGUUAAUUGCAGCAGCCCUUAAUAUGAAAUGAAUACACUUAAUUUAACUGUUUGAGGGUGCUGUACCAGACCACCAUCUAAUAUAAAAUUCAGCUGCCUGUGAGAAUGAAAACACUUUUGUGUUUUACCAUUAAGGCUGUCUUUGAUUUGAGAACAGGGUUCAAUUUUGUAGAAUUCUUAGGUUUUGAAUUGUGACAUUUGGGUAGUAUGUCAUUUUGCCUACCCCUCACUGUAGCUUGUCCUUUGAUUUCUUCCUUCCCCAACAUCUUAAAUCUUUAAUUGGGCAUUGUAUGUCAUGCCAGAGAAAAGGCAAGCAUUCAUUUUUGAUACUUAGGGUUGCUUCUUAGUUGUGGUGGUUGUUUUACAGUGCUGCAUGUAUGAAUAGGCAUUCAACAGAUUUCCCCCUUCAAAAGGCAUUGUGUAAAAGCCAGGCUCGUGCUCAGUGUGGCAGGAGCCACACACGUGGCUGUUGGAGAGCUGUCUGUGGUGGUGUUCUUCAGGACUCUCUGCUCCUUUGUACUACCUCGUGGGUUUUGAGGUCUUUUUUUUGCUGCAGUGGUGUUAGUGGGGUUGCUGUUGUUAAGGUAUAGUUGCAUAUUUAAUCUGCCAGUGCUGUGGGUGGGAGGGAGGUGGUGGUGAGCAGGAGAUUAAGGCUUAGCAAGAUGCUUCCAUUCCUAAAGUCUGGUAUUUGGUGUGUUCUAGUGAAACGUGGAGCUGUUUCUGAUGGUGUUGAGUGGGUCUCUUAACCCUCGUUCUUUGCAGCAUGGAAACUUUCAUGGAUGUCCUUCAAAUACUCAUGUAGUUGGUAGGCUUGAUUUGUUGUACUUCUCCCAGUAGUGGAGCUGUGUCAGUAGUCUGUCAGGUGCUGAAUAGUGACAAACUUGGAGCAAAUGUCUUUGACUUGCACUUCUCAAAACUGCAGACCCUGGGACCAAAAAUAACUAAGAACCUCUCUAUCAUUUAAUUGGAAGUUUGUCUUCUGACUGGUGAUGGAAGAAUUCAAGUCCUGAGCUACAGGCGGGGAUCAGCCUUUUUCAGGGCACAGCUGUCCCCAGUAAUCAUGUUGGGGUUGCCAAAAUGAAUCUGGUUUUCAGGUAUUGGAUGAAAUGUUGCUUAUUUGGGACUUUUCCAAACUGCUAAGAGUGAAGCCUGUGAAUAUCACUCAAGGGUUUCUUUGGGACUGAGAACCUGUUUAAAAGCAGCUGUUACACAACUAGUGAAACCUGGGUUCUGUCCUGUGAGCGAGGAACUGAUGUGUGGCAAUAAAUCCUGGAUUGUAAGCCAUGGUGUUGUAUUCACUUCAGCUCAUCUGCCUGUGCAGGAAGGACCAUUUUAGGUCAGGAUCAUUUUAGUGUUUGCUUCACCCAUGUCAAACCAAAAAGCUGCUCAAAACACUGCUGUGUUUCAGCUGAGCUGUGUCCAACAUGCAGCAGCAGAGCCCUGUCCCUCCAUGUCCUCUGAGGCACCACAGCUGAGGCAGGAGGAACAGAGAGGCCCCUGGGCUCUCCUGAAAGGUGAAUUUGGACCAGCGCAGUUGAGAGCAGACUCAAAUGUGAGGUGAAGCCACUGAAUCCUGCUGAAGUUAAAUGGCAUUAUUAGGAAUUGAGCCAGUUUCCAGUAAAACGGGUAAUGUAGAUCCAAAAAAACAAAAAAAUGUGUUCUGAUUGACAUAUCAUUUGUUAAUUAUUUUUAUAUAAGAUUAAUUACUAUGGAAGAGAAGUGUUUUAUAGCAAUAAUACAAAAUAUGGACUAGUAGGUUCUUUUACUCAAGAUGGGUCAGGCAGCAGUUUUGAGAAGAUUCUUUUGCAACAACCUUAUUAUAUAGUGGUUUAAGAAACAGUCACUGGAAAUAAAUUUUCACCUGAUUUUUUUUGUUGAGUAAAAAAAUAUAUAUAUGGGUAUUCUAUUUUCUAUGAUAUACACUUACUUGGAAAUAAGUAAUAUAAGCAAUACUGAUGUUCUAUUUAGGUAGCCAUAAAUAGUUUAGAAAUCAGAAAAUGAAAACAAUUGUUUAGGAGUUGGUAGUGUCUAGUACAGUAAUUUUCUUACUUGUUUCUUUUUCUCCUUCCCCUAAGUUAAGGUUUUCAGUGUAUCGAUGUCUACAUCUUCUGUUUAAAACAAAUGUAAACACUGUGUUACAUAGAACUCGAAAAAUUGCACUAAUUUUUAAACUUUUGGUUUUAUUUUUUUCUUUGGAAAAAAAAUCCUUUUAUAUUCACAUAAAGAUUUUUAAAAUGAA